AUGGAAUAUGAUGGGGAAUUAGAUGCAGAAACUGAAGCUCUUGGUGCAGAAUUGGAAAACCUGUUGCAAGGUGAUUUGGGCAUCAACAUAGUGUUCAUUCUGCCAGAAAAGUUAGCAGAAGCAGAGGAGGUACCAGAACAACAAGCAGGCAGUCCCAUGACAGGCGAAAUUACCAACAAACUAACUACAGAACAACUUUGUUUCUCCAAACCAACCAAGGAGAUGGCCAAUCAUCUCAGACCUUUGUUUAUAACAGCAAAUUUUGGAGGUAUUCCUAUUCCCAAAGUCAUGGUAGAUGGAGGGGGCAUCACCAAAACUCAUGGGAUCCUAGAAGUGGAUGUCAUAAUAGGAAGCAAGAAGCUGAAGGUUGCAUUCUUUGUGGUGGAUACUACUUCUACCACUUACAAUGCACUGCUUGGCAGAGACUGGAUUCAUCAGAGUCUAUGUGUUCCUUCCACUCUUCAUCAACAGUUAGCUUUAUGGAAUGAAGAAGGUUACAUGGAGAUAGUAGAGGCUGAUCCACGGCCAUUACUGCCUUUUGCCAUGUGUUUCGAAGCAAGGUACUAUCAUGAUGACCUUGGUCCUUUCACCUUCCUUGGAGUCAACCAGAACGGCCGCCCCUAUGGUGUCACGGCCCAGAGGCUCCUUGAAGAUGGUCUAACCAAUUCCUUAGAGGACUGGAAUAGACCUUUUGUUCUAAACUUCCAGAACUCUGAUAUUUUGUCCCAAUCAACAGGAGAAGGAUCGAGCUGCAACAAUCCGAUCCAUUACAAAAAGAUUGUUGAUAUAUUGGAAGAGUUUGGAGAUUGUUUUGCUUGGUAUUAUCAUGAAAUGCCAGGUCUAGACAGGGAAUUAGUAGAGCACAAGCUGCUAAUCAAAGAGGGAUACCUUCCAGUCAAACAGGCCAGAAGAAGAAUGUACAUGGACAUAGAACUAAAGGUCAAGGAAGAAGUAGAAAGGUUGCUCAAGGCAGGAUUCAUCAGGCAAGCCAUCUAUGCUGAUUGGCCAGCUAAUAUUGUACCAGUUCUGAAAAGAAAAACUGGGGCAGUCAGAAUCUGUGUGGAUUACAGAAAUCUAAAUGAAGCUUCUCCUAAGGAUGAGUACCCUAUGCCAAUGGCAGACAUGCUAGUAGAUGGAGCUGCUCACAACCAGAUGCUAUCUUUUAUGGAUGGCAAUGUAGGUUACAAUCAGAUCAUGGUGGCAGAAGAAGACAUCCACAAGACAGCCUUCAUGUGUCCAGGACAUAUAGGUGCUUUUGAGUACACUGUAAUGCCUUUUGGCUUAAGAAAUGCAGGAGCCACUUAUCAAAGGACAAUGAAUUCUGUCUUCCAUGAUAUGAUAGGGCAUUCUUUGGAAGUUUAUAUUGAUGAUAUAGUGAUUAAAUCCCCAGAGGAAGGAAACCACAUGUUAAAUCUAAGGAGGGCAUUCCUAAGAAUGAGGCAAAAUAAAUUGAAGACGAACCCAAAGAAGUGUGUUUUUGGAGUUCAAGCAGGAAAUUUCCUAGGAUUCUUGGUCCACCAGAGAGGCAUAGAAAUCGACAGAAACAAAGCAAAGUCCAUCAUAGAAGCUCUGCCGCCUAGGAACAAGAAAGAAUUGCAGAGGAAGAUCCAGCCUUUCUCCUCUUUGUUAAGAUUGAAACAGGAACACACCUUCAAGUGGGAAGAACAGAACCAGCAAGCUUUUGAGGAAAUCAAGCAUUACCUCUCAAAUCCACCAGUUCUGUCCCCACCAAAGAAAGGCAGACCACUCAAGCUCUAUGUAUCUGCAUCAGAAGUAUCCAUUGGGAAUCUAAUCAAAUACAUGCUGACAAGACCAAUGCUGAGAGGCAAAAUUGGAAAAUGGACCUUGGCCUUGAUAGAAUUUGCCUUUAGAUAUGUUCCUCAGAAAGCUGUCAAAGGACAAGCUGUGGCAAACUUCCUAGCUCACAUCCAUCUCACACCUCGGAAGCUAUACUUUGAUGGAUCAAAAACUGAUAUAGCUUCUGGGGCAGGAAUUGUUUUGGAAAAACCACUUGGAAUCAGACACUGUUACUCUUUUCAAUUGGAUUUCCAGUGCACCAACAACAGAGCAGAAUAUGAGGCUCUAAUCAUAGGCUUAGAAAUACUGGUAGAACUAGGAAUCCAAUAUGUGGAAAUUUUGGGAGAUUCCAUGCUUGUUUUGAAACAGAUUGCUAGGGAAUACAAGUGCCUAAGUCCUUCUCUAGCCGUCUACUUGGUGGCAGCUAGGAAUCCUCUAAUAGAAUUCAGAGAAGCUACUUGGGAGCAUAUCCCAAGGGAAGAAAACUUUGCAGCCAAUGAAUUGGCUCAGGUAGCAACAGGAAUACCUGAAGAUUGUGUACAAAGAAUCAUCAAGAUAGGGAAGAAAAGCCUACCAUCUGUUCUGACCAAGGGGACGAAAAUAGAUGUCAAUUCUGCCGCAAUCACUGAAGAUGAUUGGAGAAAUCCUAUCAUGACUUACUUACGAUAUCUAACUCUGCCCUCUGAGAAGAAAGUCAGAAUCAUAGCUUUGAACUACCUUAUGUGGAAUGAAGAUUUGGUCCGAAAGAGUAAGGAUGAGGUACUUUUAAGGUGCCUCGGAAAGAAAGAAUACAUGAAAGUCAUGGGGGAAACUUAUGAAGGAAUCUGUGGAGCUCAUCAAGGAGGAGAAAAAUGUGCCGGUUAA